UUAGCUAUAGAAUUUACAAAACUAAUAAAUAGUGUAAUGCAACAUGCAUCAUAAACACAUCAACCAUCCAUGCAAGAAAAACAUGAACACUCCCAAAUAUUUCUCUCACUUCAAACUUAUAUAAACCUUACAUUAAUUACAGAACCCAAUCAGCAAUACAGUAUGAUGAUCAUCAAGUUAUUAAUACAUGUCUUAUUCUUCUUCCUGAUUAAUUCUCUUCAUCAAGUUCUUGGUCAAUAUAGCCAGCUAAACACAACUUCUUCAUGGCUAAAGAACCACACCAAAUCAUACACACUGCCACUGGAUAAGCCACCAAAGCCACCAAUUUGUAAAAUUAUUGCUUGCAAACGGUCAGGACCACCAACGGCUCGAAAGAGAUGUUGUCGUAACCAAUGCGUUGAUCUCUUGUCUGAUCCAAAUCAUUGCCGGUUCUGUUUCCGGAGAUGUCGGUUUGCUUUUUCUUGUUGUGAUGGAAAUUGCGUAGACACGAACAAUGAUCCUUCUAACUGCGGACAAUGCGGGAACAAGUGUGAUCCUGGUGCACCUUGUGAAUUUGGUAUGUGUGGUUAUGCUGCUCCUUCGUCUCAGCCUGGAAAACGUCCUCGUCAUCCUAAACGGCCACGUCCUCCUCCUUCACCGAAAAGUGACGGUGAACUUCAUGAUGACCGUGAUGAUGAUGAAUAAAAUCGUAACAUGAGGAGAAAAUGAGAUUGAGUAUUGUUGUUCUUCAUUGAUUAGUAAUUAUCUUGUGUUUUCGAGUUCGUUUAUUCAAUGAAUUUUAAUAAUUUGCGUUAGUUGAGGUUGUGUGGUUCGUGUUUAGCGUUUCAUCAUGUUUUGUUUGUUGUCGUUUCUUAAUUUAUAAGGUCGGUAUAGUUGUUAUGGUUGAUUUA